GCUAAUGUUUUAAAAAUGCCUCUUGUAUGAAGGUAACUGCAUAUCUCUUGAGUCAUUUCAUCUUUUACUAUUUCAGGAUCUAUGUGAUAGCAUCCCCAAUUCCUCAAGAUAUCUAUUGGCAAGAUAUCUAUUCUCCAUGUGAUUACUGAGAGCUUGGCUAGAUACAUGGAUGCACACUGCAUUGUUGCCACAUUAUUUUUAAAAAGUGAAGAAAUGGAACUUGCAAAUUACACCAGAGUAACAGAGUUUGUUCUCACUGGCCUAUCCCAGACUCGAGAGGUACAACUAGUCCUAUUUGUUAUAUUUCUAUCCUUCUAUUUGUUCAUCCUUCCAGGAAAUAUUCUUAUUAUUUGCACAAUCAGGCUUGACCCUCAUUUGACCUCACCCAUGUAUUUCCUGUUGGCUAAUCUGGCCUUCCUUGACAUUUGGUACUCCUCCAUCACAGCCCCUAAAAUGCUCAUAGACUUCUUUGUGGAAAGGAAGAGAAUUUCCUUUGGUGGGUGCAUUGCACAGCUCUUUUUCUUGCACUUUGUUGGAGCCUCAGAGAUGUUCCUGCUCACAGUAAUGGCGUUUGACCGCUAUGCUGCUAUCUGCCGUCCUCUCCACUAUGCUACUAUCAUGAAUCGACGUCUCUGCAGUAUCCUGGUGGUUCUCUCCUGGUUGGGGGGCUUUAUUCAUUCUAUAAUACAAGUGGCUCUCAUUGUUCGACUUCCGUUCUGUGGGCCCAAUGAGUUAGACAGUUACUUCUGUGACAUCACGCAGGUUAUCCGGAUUGCCUGUGCCAAUACCUUCCCGGAGGAAUUAGUGAUGAUUUUUAGCAGUGGUCUGAUCUCUGUGGUAUGUUUCAUUGCUCUCUUAAUGUCCUACGCCUUCCUCCUGGCCAUGCUUAAGAAACAUUCAGGCUCAGAUGAGAGUACCAGCCGGGCCAUGUCCACCUGCUAUUCCCACAUCACCAUUGUGGUAUUUAUGUUUGGGCCAUCCAUCUACAUUUAUGCUCGCCCAUUUGACUCUUUUUCCCUAGAUAAAGUGGUGUCAGUGUUCCAUACUGUGAUAUUCCCUUUACUUAAUCCCAUUAUCUAUACCUUGCGAAAUAAGGAAGUAAAGACAGCCAUGAGGAAGUUGGUCAACAGAUAUAUUUUAUGUAAAGAGAAGCGAAAGUGGCAUAUUCUAGAAUCUUUCUGAAGGUCAUCAUCCUAAAGUAGGA